AUGGCGGCGGCGGUGCCCAUCAUGGUGAACGAUCUGACCGGCAAGAUGGGCCGCGCGGUCGCCGACGCGGUCGUCGCGCGCGGCGCCGACGUCUGCUACCUCGUCCCAGUCGCGUUCAGCGGCGAGGCCAAGGAUCCGGUCACGAUCGGCGACGUCGCCGUGGAGAUCAAGUCCAUCCGCGACGGCGACCCGGGCGCGGUGCUCGACGAUCUCAAGGCGAAGCAUCCGGGUCUCGUCGUCGUCGACUACACCCUCCCCGCCGCGGUAAACGCCAACGCGGACCUCUACGUCAAGCACGCGCAGCCUUUCGUCAUGGGAACCACCGGCGGAGACCGCGUGAAGCUCCUCGAGGACGUCGCGACGUCGGGGGUACCCGCGGUCAUCGCGCCGCAGAUGGGCAAGCAGGUUGUCGCGUUUCAGGCGGCGAUGAAGCUCAUGGCGACCAACUUCCCCGGCGCGUUCAAGGGGUACACGCUCACGGUGACGGAGUCGCACCAGUCGAGCAAGGUGGACACCAGCGGCACGGCGAAGGCCAUCGUCGAGUCCUUCAACGAGCUCGGAUGCGGUUUCGACAUCAAAGACGCCGUGUUGGUCCGCGACGUCCCGACGCAAAUCGCUCCGAUUCCAAACGGGAUGGGCGUUCCCGAGGAGCACAUCCUCGGCCACGCGUUUCACACGUACCGGCUCACGUCUCCGGACAACACCGUUGCGUUCGAGUUUCAGCACAACGUGUGCGGGAGGAGCAUCUACGCGGAGGGAACCGUCGACGCGUGCCUGUUCUUGUCGAGCAAGAUGGGCGAGGGGUGCGCCAGCGAGGACUGCGAGGCGGGAAAGACGCUGUUCGACAUGAUCGACGUGCUCAGGGAGGGCGGCAUGGUGACCAACUGA